AUGCCCCCCAAACCCUUCCCCACCCGCCCAGCAGCAACCGCCGCCGCAACAGCAACAGCAGCAGCAGCAGCAACCACAGCAGCAACACCCCCACCCCCGCGAACACCCCCAACGCACUUCCUCUGCAUCCCCCUCGCCACCUCCAAACCCGCCCGCGCCCAGCUCGCCACCUCGCUGUCCGCCUUUCGCGCCGAUGUGUGUGCGCCCCCGCUCGGCUUCGGCGCUGCCGGGGCUGCUGGCGGCGCUGUUGACAUUCCGCCGGAUGCGGUGCGGCCGGUGGGGACGCUGCAUUUGACGUUGGGGGUUAUGAGUUUUCCGGAGAGGGGGGUGCUAAGGAGGGUGAAAAAGGAGAAGGGGUUGGACAGGGCGAGGGAGGUGUUGGCUGGGGUGGGGCUGGCGGGUGUUUGGAGGGCGGUGGUUGCGGAGUGGAGGGCUAGGAUGGCGAUACAAGGGCGGGCUAUCACCCUGAGGGGCCUGGCGAGCAUGCAGCCGGCCGACAGAGCGGCGGUACUCUACGCGCCUCCUGUUGACCAGUUUGGGUUGCUCCAGGCCUUCUGUGAAAGGGUGCGAGACGUGUUCAGGGACGCAGAGCUCAUGGUCGACGAAGGCAGGCCGCUGCUGUUGCACGCUACGGUGGUGAAUACGGUGUAUGUCAAGGGCAGAGGAGGUAAAGGAGGGCGGAAACGGGAGCGGUUGGUGUUCGAUGCCACGGAUAUUAUCGAACGGUAUGAGGAUCAGGUGUGGAUAAAGGAUAUACCGGUCGAAAAGGUCGCGAUAUACAUGACUCCUCCCUCUAAACGCCGCCCACCCUCAGGGGCCGGGCCUAAAGGCGGCAGCACCAACGGCCCUCGCUCUCCCCCACGGCCGACUCGAACCUCCCCGAGCAACACCCGCAACACCAACACCGGCAGCAACUCUACCAACAACCCAAGCAACAGCACCUUUAUCUCACCUCCGCCUCGAGCCGCCCUGAGCGGCACAUCCUCCCCAGCCCCCGACAACCCUCGCAACAGCAACAACACCACCACCAAAGACAGCCCCCACCUAGCCCCAACAACAACAAGAACCGCCGGGCGCAACCGCUCCCCCUCUCCCAGCCCACUCCCUAAAACAGCAACAACAACAACAACAACAACAACAGCCACAGCGGGUACAACCACGGCGACAUCAGCGGCCAUCGCAACAUGCCAGUCGGCGCUGCGCGAGAAGGACGUGCGCAUCGCGUCGCUGGAGCGCGAGCUCGCGCUGAUGGAGUCCGAGUUCCACCGCGAGCUGGACAAGCUCAGCAGCGCCGAGAGCGAGACGGCCGCCUUCUGGCAGGCCAAGUACGCCGCGCUGGAGAAGACGAGAGGGGCAAGGUGUGGGGUUGUGGAAGGUGGCGGUGGCGGUGGCGUGGAGGUGGAGGGGGAGUUGAGGGAGGCUAGGGGCGCGUGGGAACGGGUGAGGGAUAUGCUCGACCAGAAGGAGGACGAGGUUGCGGAGUUGAAGGCGCAGGUUCGCGGGCUGAAGGAGUGGGUCAGCGUGAGCACGCGAGCGGACGGGGAGGCGCAGACGAGUGACGAGGUCUUUGGGGAGGGCAUGGCACGGUUGGGGAAUGGGUUGCAGAAUUGGGUGCUGGUGAACUUUAGACGGGCCAGGGUUGCAGACUUAUCCGGCUCCCAUGAAGAUACGAUAUCGGAAUUGGCCCGUCUGGUGCCCAUGUACGAAGAGCUAGCCUCGACAUCGAGAAUCCAUUUGCUUCAGUCGGUUGUCUCGCGGUUUCUUGUCGAGCUCGUGUUUGGCGCUUAUUUUAUUGGGCUUCCUACCGAUGUGGCUGCGCAGAUCAAACAGGUUGAGGAUUUCCUCUCCUCUGCAUCGUCCCCUGAAUCGGUCAACCAAUGGCGCUCUCUCACCCUAACCACCAUCAAAAAGGACGCCAGCGAGAAGCUCCAAACCGAAACCUCCAAGGUCGUUGAAACGGUAGUUUCCAAGGUUAACGACCUCCUUGACCCAUUAACCAACACGAAAUCAACAGAGGCUCGAGACCAAGGCCUACAGGCACUCGUUCACAGCGCCAUUGAACUCUCUCGGCUACUUGCCGUGCAAAAAGCGGUCUUCAAGAUCGAGAUGCCCGAGAUCCUUCCCCACCAGUGCAUCGUGUUUAACGGGGAGACGAUGGAAGACAUUGGGGGCGAAGACGAGGACAGCCUGGCGGACAGGGAAAUCUGCUGUGUCACCUUCCCGGGCAUCAUCAAACGGGGCGAUGAGAGCGGCGGGCACUUGCAGUACCGGAACGUGAUAUCCAAGGCCAAGGUGCUCUGCAGUCCAGAAUAG